UCAUCGCAUGAAGAGACGACGGCCUACUCUGUGCGCUGAUGAUGAACGGCGGCCGUUCUAGUUUACCCCUGGCGACAGUGCCAACUAGACGCGCUUAUAAAUCACCCAGUCCAAGCAGCCAGCGCCACUACUGACUACCGUACCGAGUUGCUAUAGUUUGAUAACCCCCUGCUUAACUGGCAAAGCCCCGUCGCCUACUUUGUUUUUUGGCUUACGUUCGAUUAAAAGUGCACUUCUCGGUUCCUAUACGAGUUAUCGUCGUCGACGUUUGCUUUGUUUGGCGCACAGCGUGACGUAGUGGUGGCGCUUCGAAACGAAAAACAGCUGUUGUUCUGACUGACACACGUACAGAGAGUUUUCUCUGCAAUCGUCGUCGGUCAGCAGUUCAAGUGCAUUCCUUCAAGCGGUUGGGUUGUUGUUCGCGACUGGUUAAGGUCAAGGUUUUCCCACGACGAAGGCCGGCUCCACCCUACUCUGCUGGGUGGAAAAUUGUGGUGCGAUUGUGUUUGCGCGAGCAGUGUUCCAGUGCGAAAAGUGAAAGGGUAGCGAUUUUCCCGGCGAAACGCAUUCUGUGCUGGGGUGGUUGCAUAACUUCCGGAUCACAAAGUACCGCCGCAGCACAGGGAGAUAAGAAAAAACUCGAAAUCAAAUCACAACACGCCAAUGCCUUCGCCUCAUCAAAACAACAACAACGACCAGCAACAACAUCGGCGUGCUGGAGCAGGAGCAUUGUCCCGUCACUGUCGCCGUGGAAUGAUGGAUUCUAGCAGGGCUGCAACGGCAGCGUCCGGUGGCGACGGUGGUGGUGCACUGUCCUCGUCGUCGUCCUGUUCCAGCUUCGAGGAUGACACACUUUUGCAUGUGCAGAAUCGGCUGCCGGCACCGCGCGAAAUCUUCGUCAACCGGUCGCUCCACCUGGAGAACAUCAAGUUCUAUGGCUUCGACAUGGACUACACCAUUGCAGAGUACAAAUCACCCCAGUACGAACAGCUUGGCUUCAACCUGGUCAAGGAACGCCUGGUAACGCUCGGAUACCCCGUGGAGAUCCUCCAGUUCGAGUACGACCCCUCGUUCCCGGUCCGUGGCCUCUGGUUCGAUAGCCUCUACGGAAACCUCCUGAAGGUGGACGCCUACGGUAAUAUCCUGGUGUGCGUCCAUGGUUUCGAGUUCUUGAAGCAUUCCCAGGUGUACGAACUGUACCCGAACAAGUUCCUCCAGCUGGACGAGAGCCGGGUGUACGUGCUGAACACGCUGUUCAACCUGCCGGAGACGUAUCUGCUGGCCUGUUUGGUGGACUUCUUCACCAACUCGCCGCAGUAUGCCGAACAGGUGGACAAAACCGGCGUCAAGUACGGCGAACUGUUCAUGUCGUUCCGGUCGAUCUUCCAGGACGUGCGUGGCGCAGUGGACUGGGUGCACAUCUACGGGGACCUGAAGAAGAAGACUUUGGAGAAUCUCGAUGAAUACGUCAAGAAGGACGAACGGCUACCGAUGGUCCUGUCACGGAUCCGCGAAUCUGGCGCCAAACUGUUCCUGUUGACGAACAGUGACUACAACUUCACCGAUAAGAUCAUGACCUUCCUGUUCGAUUUCCCGCACGGAGCGAAACCGGAGGAGCCUCAUCGGGACUGGAAGACCUACUUCGAUACCAUCGUGGUGGACGCCCGGAAGCCGUUGUUCUUCGGUGAGGGAACCAUCCUUCGGCAGGUGGACACAACGACGGGUGCCCUCAGGGUCGGAACUCACAUGGGACCGCUGCAGGUCAAUCAGGUCUACUCGGGCGGUUCCUGCGACGUGUUCACCAAACUGAUCGGGGCCAAGGGUAAGGACGUUCUGUACGUGGGCGAUCACAUCUUCGGGGACAUCCUGAAGAGUAAGAAGAUCCGCGGCUGGCGUACGUUCCUGAUCAUUCCGGAACUGGUGCAGGAGUUGCACGUGUGGACCGACAAGUGCCAGCUGUUUGCCGAGCUGCAGCGAUUGGACGUCAAGCUGGGAGAUCUGUACAAAAACCUGGACUCGAGCGCCAAGGAGAAGCCGGACAUCUCGUCGGUCCGGACGUGCAUCCGGGAUGUGACGCACAAGAUGGAUCUGGCCUACGGUAUGAUGGGAUCGCUGUUCCGGUCCGGCUCCCGGCAGACCUUCUUCUCCAGUCAGGUCGUCAGAUACGCCGAUCUGUACGCGGCCACCAUCAUGAACCUGAUGUACUACCCGUUCUCGUACAUGUUCCGGGCGCCGGCCAUGCUGCUGCCGCACGAAUCGACGGUGGCGCACGAGCAGCGGUUCACCCUGGACGCCCCGAUGAUCCAGCGGACCCGAUCGAAGAACCCGGGAACGCCCAACGAUCAGCCGGCGGCGGCCGGGCUCGAGGAGGACUGCAAGGAAGUCAGUGCCAUCACCGAAAGGGACCUUCAUUUACUAUCGGUGAGCGGAAACGUCUCGGUGCCGCAUACCCGGCCGGAAACGCCCCGCUCGGUGACCCAUACGCACGAUGAGGACUACUCUGAUGAGGACAGCGAUGACCAGAAGAAGAACGGAGCUGCCGCUCGACGACGGGCCUCCUCGUCGGCCAGUUCCGACAAAGAGUCGUCCGACAAAAAUAAGUAGAUUCUGCCUGCAGAUCUGUAUGUCUGUUGCCAUGGCACCAAGCAGCUUUCUAGGUUAGGUUGUCCCCGCCCUUCAAAGCCACUAAAAUCUUUCUUUAGACAUUAAAUAUAUGGUUGGAAGUCACGCUAGAGGAGCUUCAAGUCGGGUAAGUUCUCCUCAGCGUGUAUUGUUAAACAAAAAAACCGAUUAGACUGCUCAAAUUUGCGACCCCAAGCCACACGUUCCCUGUUCCGUAAGCAAUAUUCUAUACCUUGUACUCGUUUGUUCCGAAGAAGCUCCAACUAUCCCGUCGUACCCGUACUGCUGUGACGUAGAGUGAAACUAUAUACGUUGAAUGUUUGUACAAUUAGUAAGAAUCAAUCUAUACAUACCUUUAAGCGUGUUCUAUGCUUCUCGUCUAGGAAAAAAAAACAAAACAAAAACACUUGUUUGAUGCUUCCAAUCAAUACUUACUAAGGAAUUUAACUGUUUUAUAUUUUAACCAAAACAAAAGCUACUGAAAUCCACUCUUUGAACUAACAAACACGGGGAAAAUCAAGGGAAAAUCGAAUCGAAUUUUACACAAAUAUCAUGCCGUUGAAAUUAGAACAAGCUGACGCCAACGAAAGCUGGUACAGAAGAAAUGAGAAACAGGGCAUAUAGUUGUGGAAGCCGUGAUGAGUCACACGGAAAUCAAAGCAAGCGGUGGCAUCAAAGAAAACAAACAAAAACAAAACGUCAGUUUAGGUGAUGCAUUUCGUGCGUUUCCGGUUCCUGCUCCAGUUCAGGCACUAAAGGUGAGGAAAUCAGCAGUUUAGUUGAGUGGUUGGUCAAGAAAAAACAAAUGAUAUCAGCACAUAACAGUGGAAGAUGAAAUGAAACGUCAGUCUUGUGAAGUAUUUUGCACGAGAAGUUUCCUGAUUAUGCGGGAGGACGCUGCUAUAGAUGAAUCCUGGUAGAAGGCAGAAGCAACUCAUAGGCUUUGAUUUCAGCGGCAUUGCAUAUGUGGAAUGCUGGACUCAAUUUUUCCCACCGUGCAACGUAAGGAAAUCGUACAAAACUUUGUCAGAAAGUUAUUCAACAUGGCACGGAGAAAAAAGCGUAAAUAAUUGCCCGUUGACGCACGUGCGUCCUUAUUUUCGAUUCGUAGCCAUUAUAGAGGAGACAUUCAAACGCAUUACACAUUGAUCGGCCGUAACGUGAGAUUUUACAUCUACAUAGGUAAUUAGGUUGUAAGAUAUAUGUUAUUGUUUGUUUAUUUUUUCGUUUUCGCUGUAUAUUACAUACACCUAGAGAUGUAGAAAACCAAGCAUGCAUUAUGCAAGAGCGAGCUCGUUUUGUAGGAUUGUCAGUGACGCUAAUCAAUCGGGAAUUAGAGAAUCAAUAGAAAAACGGACACUGAGGAUGAUGAAUCACCACAAAGAAGUUAAUACACUGAACGAAAUAAAUGCCUUUCAGCGACGAUAUAGACACAAUAGAUGAGACAAAAACGAAAACAAAUUUGCAUUGAGGGAGACUAGCACUGGAUUAGAAAACAUUAACACAGUUGAACACAGUGAAACAGUAGUUUGUUUCGAACAAUUCAAUUUUUAUAGAUGAAAACAAAAACACCUUAAAUCAUUUUCGACAAAUAGAGCGUUAUUAGAGCAUA